CUAAUGCUCUACCUAAGAUUGCGAACCACCAAUAAGCACGAAGAAGAAGAACGUAGAGACACGAGCAUCGACCGCUGUGUUUACAUCAGUUUUAGUUUGUGUUUGUUGAUUUUCUGUAAAGAGAUUCUUAUCUCGGUAUAGACCGUUUCAGCGGUCACAACAUAAACAAGCCGCUGUCGCGGUCCGCACGUAACUUCCGGUAAACUCCGCUUAUAAUAAAUAACAACAAAUUCUUUAAACAUAGGUUAUUUAUAUAACAAGCAAACAAAACAACAUAUAGACCUACAUACCUAGGAAACAAAAACAUUUGUUAUUUUCGACGAGGCAUUUGUUCAAGAGAUCAGUUUAGCAACUAGUCAGACCAUUAAAAAAACGAAACCGGAAGUAAGGUUCGGAUCCAGACGUGUAUCACGUGCGUCCGAUGAAACCAUCUAUAUUUUAGUGUGGAUAUACUGAUGAUGGGAGAUGAGAUGGAUGUGAUUUGCUGUAAAUCAGAAGAAACUGAUGAGGGUUUACAGGAUGAUGAAUCUACUGAUCAAACCUCCACAGAGUCUCUGGAUUCUGUCUGUAACGCUGGAGAACAGCAGCAGAUCCUGCAGACCAAACUCAACAUGUGUUCAGUCAAACUCAUCGACUUCAGGAACCUCAUGAUGAAGAUCAAAACUGAACCUACGGAAAUAAAAACUGAACCUACAGAAAUAAAAACUGAACCUACAGAAAUGAAAACGGAACCUACAGCAGAGGAAGAUCACACUGAUGAAGAUGAGGACAAUGAUGAUUUUAUUCCUUCGGAUGUGAAGAGUGAAUCAUCUUCUGAUGGAGAAACGUCCUCAAUAUCAAAAGAGCGACAGACAGCACAAACUCUUUCCUGCAUCACCUGUGGAAAGACAUUCAGCUCACAGAGACAUUUAGAGAGACAUGAGAGAAAACACACAGAACAGAAACUCUUCACCAGAUCUGAGAUCAGCUUUACUACCAUACAAGAGAAGAAACUUCAUUCAGAAGAGCACACAGACAAGAAGUCGUCGUCGUCAAUGUUCUUAUCUCAUCAGAAACGCCACAUGAGGACACACAGUGAUGAAAAGCCUAACCACUGCAGCAGCAAACAAAGUCUUGUUCAUCAGAGAGUUCACACUGGAGAGAAACCUCAUCACUGUAAUGUUUGUGGGAAGAGUUUCAGUCGACAUGACAAUUUAGUGUCACACCAGAGAACUCAUACAGGUGAAAAACCUUAUAAAUGCUCUCAGUGUGAGAAGAUGUUUGCUCAGUCAGGUUCCUUAAAAAUCCAUGAGAGAGUUCACAGUGGAGAGAAACCUUACAAAUGCUCUCAGUGUGAGAAGACGUUUACUCAGUCAGGUUUCUUAAAAACCCAUGAGAGAAUUCACACUGGAGAGAAACCUUACGCCUGCUCUCACUGUGAAAAGAGCUUCUCUACUUUAACUCAUUUGAGAAUUCAUGAGAGAGUUCACACUGGAGAGAAACCUUACAAAUGCUCUCAGUGUGAGAAGACUUUUACUCAGUCAAGUAUCUUAAAAGCCCAUGAGAGACUUCAUACUGGAGAGAAACCUUACAUCUGCUCUCAAUGUGGAAAGAGCUUCACUGAUUCAAGUAGUUUGAGAGGUCACGAGAGAGUUCACACUGGAGAGAAACCUUACAAAUGCUCUCAGUGUGAGAAGACUUUUACUCAGUCAAGUAUCUUAAAAGCCCAUGAGAGACUUCAUACUGGAGAGAAACCUUACGUCUGCUCUCAAUGUGGAAAGAGCUUCACUACUUCAAGUAGUUUGAAAGGUCACGAGAGAAUUCACACUGGUGAAAAACCUUAUUUCUGCUCUCAGUGUGAAAAGACGUUUACUCAGUCAGGUUCCUUAAAAAUCCAUAAGAGACUUCACACUGGAGAGAAACCAUACAAAUGCUCUCAGUGUGGAAAGAGCUUCUCCACUUCAUCUUAUUUCAGAGCUCAUCAGAGAGUUCAUACUGCAGAUCCUCAUCACUGUAAUGUUUGUGUGAAGAGUUUCAGUCAACAUAUUAAUUUAGUGAAACACCAGAGAACUCAUACAGGUGAAAAGCCUUAACCAAUGCUCUCGGUCUGAUAAGACGUGUUUUGGGUCGGUUCACUUAGUUUUUUCUAUUUUGUGCCCCCUCCGUCUCUUGACAGGUAAUGUGUCUUCACGGAAAACAAUUCCUACAUUCAGUAUAUUAUUUGUGACACGUGCUGGCAAACCGGGUCAGAAUGACCACAUUUUCAAAAAGGAGUUAUUUUAUAUUUUACAUUCUCUAUAAAUAAAAUCUUUAAAACGAUGUAUAAUUUGUUAUGUUGGAUACACAGUAUGAUUCUAUGCUUUAAAUGUAAAAUGUUCCCAAGACAAACUCCCUAAUAAAGCACAAAGCUUGUGAAAUUUAACAAAUGUACUAAGUAUUGUCCACAUCUGAUAUCAAAAGUCCAACUAAAUUCAAUUUGAUGAUAGGGCUGCAUGAUAAAUCCCCUGAAUACAAAUCAACUAACUUAUUAGAUGAUCUCUUAUAUACAGUAAACAUCCAAUAUCAUUUUGUUAAAGGCAUGAGUUAAAAGGAAACAUUUAUGUAGUUUAUGUAAAUUACUGUAAUAAUUGAAGAGAAAUGAAAAAGUAAAUAUAAUAAAAUGUAUGUAAAUUGUAUGGAUUUAAACGAUAAACAUUUAUAAAACAUAAAGGUCAAUUAAAAUGUCACAUUAGUUAUUAUAAUAGGGCAAAUUAUGUGCACACAAUGUAAAAAUGUGCACCAGAAACCGAGUGAAGUAAACAAAAUUAUAUUAUAAAGCAGAAGAUGAGGAUGAGAAGAUAAUCUGCUGUGGUGUUUGUUGUACACAUCUUCGUUUUAAACUAAAGACUGAAUUAAUUUCCUCUUCUUCUCUAUAACAUCAACAGUAAAUACAUUCAUGUUUAUCUUGAGCUUUAUAUUUUAACUGAUCUGAGCAGAUUUCAGUCAACUCUACACAUACAGUACAGAAAUAUAACAGUGACAUCAUCAUGAUAAUGUUCUCAUUUAAAAUACUCGUGCAGACUUGUUUAAAUGUUGAUAAAUAAAGUGAAAGUAUAGUUACCAUGCGUGUGUGGAUUUAUUUUACCGCUUGCUGCUGUUUCAGUUUAAAAGACCGGAAGUCCUUUUCUUCUUCUUUGUAU